AUGAUUGUUCCACUACCGUGGUAUUCAGGUCAGCAGUUCGAUGCAGUUGGUAAUCUUCGCGACUGGAUGGACGCAGAUGUGAAGAUGAAAUUUAUAGAGCGAGCCCGAUGUAUCGUCGACCAAUACGGGAUGAUUGAGGUGCCAGGCACUGGCCUGAAGGUGAAUGGUAGGCUGACUCAAGGAGAGAACAUCGCUGACAACGGAGGAGUGAAGCAAGCGUUGAGAGUCAGUUUUCAUUUUCAGACAACAAAGCUGUUUUGGAGAGUCAUUCGGGUAGCUGGAUUGAAACUUUUGUUCCGCGAAUAA